AUGAAGCUGGCAUACCUUGUCCUUGGUGCCAUGACCCUCCUUCUUCUGGGUGGCUGUGACUCUGCCCUCAGCACCUCCAGGGGGAGCCUGCACACUUUCGUGGGCUGUGCUGUGAGGGAGUUCACUUUCCUGGCCAAGAAGCCAGGCUGCAGCGGACUUCGGAUCACCACUGAUGCCUGCUGGGGCCGCUGCGAGACCUGGGAGAAACCCAUCCUGGAGCCUCCCUACAUCGAAGCCCACCACCGAGUCUGUACCUACAACGAGACCAAGCAGGUGACUGUCAAGCUGCCUAACUGUGCUCCAGGAGUCGAUCCCUUCUACACCUACCCGGUGGCUGUCCGGUGUGAUUGCGGGGCUUGUUCCACGGAAACCACCGAGUGUGAGACCACCUGAAGCCGGCGUGGUCUGCAGAACGCAGCUAGUGGCCCGAGCCUCACAGAUCCGCUUCCCCCAGGAAUGUAUCUGCUCUAUCCCCUGCAGUCAAGUACGGUUGAAUUUGGGCCAGCCUGGCUCAGGCUUUCCUCUGCUCAGUUAGGCACCAGGUACAGGUGCAGCACACUCACGCUAAAAAUGUCAAACACUAUUGACCCUUCCCCAGGAUAAUGUCUCCGGUUCAUAUGUCCCUCAAUUUGAUUUUAUUUGCUUGACUCUGGGAACGUGAUUUGUCUAUUACAACCCGCCCUCAGUUUUGAUUGACAUUGUAGCAUUUAUUUAAAGGAAUUGGAUAUCAUUAAGCUCCAGAAAGCCUUUAAAUCCCUACAUUCUGCCAUUGAACUCCAACUGGAUUUAUGAUUAAAAGGCAAAGUAUGAUCAACACCA